AUGGCGGACGCCGACGCGGAGCAGUUAGGCUCCGUGCCGGUGGAGGGCGAGGAGCAGUUCUGGCAAGAAAUGGAAAACAUACUUUCGGCAAAAUGCUCCAGUUCCCAGUCGAUCGACGACAUCCUCCGCUCGUGGCUGUACCUGGUGGCGUCGUGCCGCGAACUCUACCUCUCGACCGAGGACGACGUGGCGGCCUGCUCGCAGCGGCUCCGGGACAGCGAAGUGUUUGGCCGCAACAGCGAGUACGUGCGGACGCAGAUCAUCUACAGCCUGCUGCAGGAGGACGAGGCGGGCCCGCUGCACGUCAUUGCCAACUUUCUGCUGCUCGACGGCCGGUCCGACGAGGUCAUGUUCCGCCGCAUGAUCGACGACGGCUGCUUCCCGCGCCUGGUCGAGCUCAUCAACGGCACGCGCGAUAACGACCGCCGCCUGCACCGCCUACUGCUCGAGCUCGUGUACGAGAUGUCUCGCAUCGAGCGCAUCAGCGCCCAGGACCUGAUGCAGGUGACGGACGACUUUGUCCAGUACAUGUUUCAGGUCAUUGAGAGUCUUUCCGACGACGUUGAUGACCCCUAUCACUACCCGAUAAUACGUGUUUUGCUAGUCUUGAACGAACAGUAUAUGGUGGCAUCCACCAUGCACUCAAACGUGCCGCCGUUGACAAAUCGAGUCAUCAAGGUUCUGAGCAUGCGUGGACCUGAUUUCAGAACUUUUGGAGAGAAUAUAAUUCUGUUGCUGAACCGUGAGACGGAAACUUCAUUGCAGCUUUUGAUACUGAAGCUGCUCUAUCUAUUGUUCACAACCAAAGCGACCUACGAGUACUUUUACACAAACGACCUCCGGGUGCUCUUGGAUGUCAUCAUCCGCAAUCUUUUAGACUUGCCCAACGAGUCUUCUGCUUUACGACAUACAUAUCUGCGUGUUUUAUAUCCCCUCCUGGCACACACGCAGUUGAGCAACCCACCUCACUACAAGCGCGAGGAGUUAAUAAGGGUGGUGCGCAUACUGGGUGGAGCGGAGAAUGCACACUUUGCGCCGGCCGACGACACCACCUUGCGCCUGGUAGAUCGCGUGUCCAAGGUCAAGUGGCUGGGGCUAGAGCCCAAGGAACUGUCACCAGUGGGCAGUGGAGAGAGUGAAGUUGCUCGCAAGCUUAUUGGAAUUAGUCUCUCUGAGUCGCAAAUCGGAAGUUCUGUUAGUGUCAGUGACGUCGCGGCCGUGAUGGAAAAGCCUGGCGUCCAGACACCUAGUCGCAGGGCCGAUCAUGCAGUGGGGGCCAAGAACCCUUUGAAUGUGCUGGAAGCAAACGGCAUCAAGCCUGACGAGGAGACCACAAAAACGGUUGCGAAAUCUAAGAGGGUGCGGCCAGAAGUGCCCAAGCACCGGCAUGGAAAGUUGUUGGUGCCGACACAGUCGGUGACAAGCAGCUUGGUGAACAGCCUGUGCGAAAGCGCCGAUGAAUCUGGUACCGACAGCUGCACAAGCACGACGACCAAGACGCACACGAACAAAAAGGUGCCUCCGAAAGCGCCUCCACCGCGGCGCACAACGCGGCUGAAACAGGCAGCAUCCGCUACGAAUCUUAGGGGGCCAGAAACGACUUCUGUUUCCUAG